AUGGCUAACUGGGUACAAAGAUCCAAAAUGGCCGUGUAUGAUCUUUUUUUCUUCUUCUUUUUGUUUGUCUAUUUAUUGUUCCCGCCCCCCCUGUCUCAAAACAUGCAGCUUUUAACCGUCAGUUUAAACAAAACGACAUUGUCUGGAGGUCACCCGCCCAACAUCAAGUACUGUGGUCAGCGUCUAAGAUCUGGAAUCCAUGUCAGGCUGUUACCUUCAUUAAGUCUACACGUGGGUAGGGGAAGAGCGAUAGUUCUCACGCAUAGGCGAGAAUCGCCCGUGCGUCAUGAUCCACACAACUACACAACUAUACCGCUCAUACCCUCUAGAUGCCCGAACAAUCAAACAGUGAAUCGCGGCCCUACAAGUAUAUACCCUUUGGCGACCUACAAGAGUGUGAAAUAUGCUCUAGGACUUCGUAAACAUUCGCUAGUUUUCAAUCAAUUUAUUUUGUCUCAACAACUCCCCUCGCUUGCUUCAAUGGUGGGUACUCAGAAUUGUGUGACAUUUGACUCCACUCCGUGUCAACCAGCCGGCACAAACCUAGUCUGGGCUAGCUGGCCCCUGGAAAGCAAGGUCUUUCUUUCUGUGUGCUGCUGCGUUCCGUGCAUUGUCAUGUUCGGAUAUUCUCAAUUCGACCUAGCCCUUUAUCUUCCGCCACCCCACAAUACGACUCACCCCGCAAUCUUUUUUACGAUCUAG